AUGGCGGAAGAAGAUAUUCUUCAUGAAAGAGCACCGUCAUUAACCGGCGACGAUGCGCGACAUACACUCGACGCAGCUGCUGAUGAGCAACUGCAGGAGCCAGCAACACUUUAUACACAGCACGAAUUACCGAAAAAAGAGGAGUCGGAGCCGCCGCGCCGGCCGGCCUUCCUUUCGUGCAAAUGGCCAGAGGGCACUGAUUGGUGUGUCGCGCUCGCGGGGGAGCUCACAGCUAUGGGGCUACCGGUCGUGAACGACGCCAAGCACAGAUCGAAGCUGCACGACGUGGAAGCUCUCAUCCGCGACAGCUGCUGUGUGGUGAUGCUGGUGACUCCUGGCUUUUACCAUGCCCUGGCAAACAAACCUCCCGGCAAUAGGGCCCUUAAGGAGAUCAAAUUUGCCCUCCAGUACGGCAAGCCACUGCUGGCAGCCGUACACGCGUCGUACUGUGGGCAAAACCCGUUGCCGUCAUUGCUGGCCGCUCGCGAUCUGACGUUGGACAGUGUUGGAGAGCACGCGUGGACCUUUGCGGAGCUCAACCGAGUUGCGCGCGCACAUCCCAUUUGGGUGUUUAAGGGCGGCGAUGGCUUCGACGGAUACCAGAGGGAAAUUAUACGUCAAGUGACGAUGCUGGGGUUGACGGCGGCGGCGGCGACGGCGGCGGCGGCGGCGAGGGUAUCGGAGGAUGUUGAGAAUCCAGCGGAGGGUGAUGGCGUUGCCGGCAGCGGCGCCAGCAGCACCGGUGGGGUCAAGGGCCGCAGCCCGAUUUCUUCUGAGUCCGAGGAGAAGCGGCUAAGGGAGGUGCUCCGUGUGGCUGGGCUGGCUAAGCGGCUGCCGUCUCUUCAGGAGGGGCAUAUUCACUCGCUUCAGGGUCUGGAGAAGGCGUUACGGCGGGGUCGGCUGGGCAACAAGCCGUACAAUUGGCACGACAACUGGAUCCAGAGAGUCACGCAGGGCCUUGCGCCUCUGCUAGUGCCGCUAAUGGCGCAGGAGGAACCGCGGGAGUUCGACCGUGACGGCAAGCCGCGGCCGCGGCGCGGCGCGCUGCCGCUCACCACUGUCCUCGACCUUGCCGGCCAGGGCCCCGUACUGGUGGGUCCUCGCGGCGCCGCCGCCGUGGCGGCGAUGAUCCGCGACGUCUGCGGUGCACAUGCCGCCGCUGCCCGGCGACAGCAGCAAUUUCAACAGCAGCUUCAGCAGCAGCACUACCAGCAACAACUCCUUCGAGGGCAGCUGCAAUCGCCUCGACGGCGGCAUCAGCCACCGUUGUACGGCACUGCCACGACGAUAUUGAAGCUCACGUAUGUGGACGUGAGCGACUGUGCUCUGGGCACUGGCGGCGCCGUCGACCUGUUGGCGGCGAUAACGGCGUGUCCGUCCAUCACAACAUUGCUGUUGGGCGGCAACGGCAUUGAUGAUGAUUUGACCAAGGAGUUUGAAGUCAUCGUACGGCGUGCAAGCAGCAGCGCCGCCGCCGCCAGCGGUGUCGAUGGGGUCGCUGGCGCGCUCACGGGGCUGCGCACGCUGGGUCUGGACCGCAACACACUGACGGACGUCGGCGCGGCGGCGACUAUUGCCGUACUGCACGACUAUAAGGUCGGCGUGACGGCGCUGGAUCUCAGCGGCAACGUGGGCCUGGGAACCGCUACGGUAGCGGCGCUCGUACGGUCAUUGCGCGCGUCGGGUCCUCAGCGGCUGAUUCACGUGGGCCUUGCGGGUACGCAGCUCGACGAGGCCGCGCUGCUGGCGGUGCUGCCGGUGCUCCUCUCCCAGCAGCGUCAUGGCGACGGCACCGCCGCCGUUGCCUCUAGCGGGUGCAGUACGGCAGUUGCUGAGGAGCUUGACUUGACGGGCAACACCGUCGACUCGGAGGUGUUGGCGGCGCUGGCGACGGCGGCGAAACAGCCUGGCUGGGGCGGUGGACCCCGGGUUCUAAACCUGAGCGGCGCCGUGCUGCGCGCUCCGCCGCCGAGCCGGCGGCAUACCGUAUCGACGGCGGAGCCGUCGACAAGCCCGCCGUACAGCCACUACGUCCACGGCGGCGGCAACGUGGCUUCCCUGGCGGCGGCACUGCUUCACUCUCAUAACUUGGAGGAACUGCGGCUGGCUUGGUCGGGUCUUAAUGGCGUGGGGCUGCGGAUGUUGAUUUCGGUGCUGAACAGCGGCGGCGGCGGCGGCGGAAAGCCAACGGGCUCGGUUCAGCAGCCGCUGGCGAAUCUUACAGUGCUAGAUCUUACAGGGAACAAGCUGGGCCCCGAAGGUGCGGCGCUACUGGGCGCCGUCGUACCUGGGAGCUUGCCGUCGCUGCGCCACCUCGUUCUUGACGAGUGUGGUUUCGGAGGCAAGGAGCUUGGGCUGCUGGCGGGCGUGCUGGACGUGGCGCCGUGGGUCGUACAGGCGCUCCAGGUGGCGCUGAGCCGGAUCCUGAACGAGGACGCCAUGGGUGCCGUACAUGGAUCCUGGACGGAGCGGCUGGAUGACGAUGCGCUAGCGGCAGCGGACCGGCCGCGCCCGUCGACGGCCGUCGGGGCCGCCGCCGCCGCAACGGCAGGUACGGCACUGGAGGGGCUAUUGCGGACGUGGCUGGCGAUGGACGCCGCCUCGGCGGCUGCGGAGGUGAAGCGGUUGAUGCUGCCUCCCGGAGCCGCCGCCGCCGCGGCGGCGGCGUUCUCGUCACCGCACUCUCUAGCGGCGCGCAAGGCUGCGGCGGCAGUAGCCGGCAAUAGCGGGCCCAGCCGGCUGGCGGGGCUGGGCUGCUUAAUGGUGCAUCCUGUCGUACAACCAGUGCUGGAGGCGCUGCGGCAGCUAUGGGAUGCUGUACAGUCUGAGGCGGCAGCGGCGCCGCCCGAGGAGGGCAGGCCCAAGUCGCAGAUGCAAUCAUCGGAAGUGCGUACGGCAGUACGGGCAUUGGAUGCCGCUUUUUCCCACCUCCGUCGUUGUGCCGAGACCCCCGGCUUGGCGAGCCUCUCUGUGGGUCGUAACUCGCUUGCCCAGGAAGCCGGUGCGCCGCUGGGCGCCGCCGUCAGCCUUUCCAUCAGCAUACGGCACCUGGGGCUGCACGGCAUCGUGCAACCGCCGCCGCCGGCGCCGGUUGCGGGCACUGGGGCCGCCGCCGCGGCGGCGGCCGCGGCGGCGGCGCAGGGCGGUCCGCUGGCGGCUGCGGCGGCUGCGGCGCGUGACGCGCGCGCGUUGCUCCGUCUGCUGUACCCGACGGCGCUCGUACCGCCGCUACCGAAUCCCUUUGCGUUUCGUCAAGCUCACGCAAUUUCCGCUGUCUCAGCGAACUGGGUCCAGGCGUCCAUGGGUCCCACGCUAAGUCGGAGGCCGACAUUUGGUGAUAGUCGCAGAGAGACGGGUAUCGACGCCGCAGCGGCGGCGGCGGCGACGGCGCUGGAGACCCGCAUUGCGGCGGCGGCGGCUUCCGACGCCGGAGCCGCCGGCGUGCAGUCGGCUUUCCUUCCAGGGCUGCGUUCUCUAGACCUAACUGACGCCGGCAUCGGCGCUCACAACGCCGCGCAUCUAGCUGAGUUUGUACGGCACAUGCCGUACUUGGAGCAGGUCGUGUUAGAUUUCAAUUCCUUGAGCAGCAGCAGCGGCGGCAGCAGCAACGGCGGCACCUCCGACGGCAGCGUCAGCGCCGCCGCGGCCGCCGCAGCUGCAGCCGCAUCCGGCAGUCCUGCACCCGACGGCACGUCGGCGCUGUUCGCCGACCUGGCGGCGCUGCCGUCACUGUCGUACGUCUCCCUGAAUUACGCCUGCGACGCCGGCGCCAUGUUUGCUGUUGCGGACCACCUUCUGGGCCUCGCCUUGCUGCCGCCAUCGCCGUCGGCAGCGUCGUCAGUAAUGUCGAACGGGCCGCCAGCCUGCCCCAACUUGCGUGUUCUCAGCCUUGUGGGCUGUCCGCUGGAUAUGACGGUGGCGCGCCGACUAGCGCGCGCCCUGCUGCACAACACCUCCCUCGCGGUGCUGCGGCUAGGCGGCGGGGACCCCCCGGAGGGUGUGGGCCCCGUCGGCAGUCGGGCGCUUGGGGAGGCGCUGACGUCACACCGCGGAUUGGUGGAGCUGUCACUGUCCGGAGUGGGCCUUACGGAUAACGCCGCAAGGAUGCUCGCAGAUGCUCUCCCGCAGCUCCCUCUGCUCUGCAAGCUUGACCUCAGCUACAACUCCCUUACAAGCUACGGAUUAGAACCGCUUGCAAGCGCACUUCUCGCCCGCAAUCGCAACGCUUUGGGUGCGGCCGCAGAGAACAGGCUUAAUAUGCAGGUGUACGGCAAUCGGAUUUCAGAGGAACUUGAAACCCGCAUCCAGUCUCUGUCCGUACCGACCUCCAUGACGCACGCUGUGGACCGAAUGCCAAGCGUGAAGCGCUACGGUGCUCCGCCGCCAUCCCGCGGGGAGAUGGGCAACGGCGGCAGCGGCUUUGCGGGACCGUCGUCGCCGUACGCCACAUCGGGGUACGGAGUGGGAUCCCGGGGGAGCGCGCCAAGCUCGGCCCGGAGUGGCGGCGCCUGCAACGGCCUGCCGGCGCCUCCGUCGUUGGUGCCGUCGCCGGUGCUCGUACGCGCCCCGGUGCCACGUCCCAGUCCCCCUCAGCCGUCGCCGCCCAAGGGGCCCCGCUGCGCCAGUAGCCCUCCGCGGGGCGCUUCCACGUCUGCGUCGGCAGCGGCGCCGUCACAUCCGGGACUGGCGGCGGCGGCGGCGGCGGCCGCCGCCGCGCCACCGGAUCCGUCGCGUCCGCUGGGCAGCGGUAAGCCGACGCUGCUGACCGCAAUUCCACCGCCGCCGCCGGCGCGCCGUGGCAGUGCGCCGUCGGAUGAAGGCGCGGGGUCGGCGUACGGCGCCGCCACCGAUUCUUUGGACAUCCCUCUCCGGCUAAAUUUCACGAGUACGAGCAAGCUGACAAAGAUUUACGGGGUCGCGGCGUCAGCGUCGCCACCGGUGUCGCCCUCGGGCGGCGGCGGCGGCCACAUGGCGGACGCGCCCCGCCGCGGCAGCCCAGGGCGGCCCGUGUCGUCGCCGGCGCCCGCGCUCAAGGCCCUGCCCAUGGCUCUAAGUCAGAUGCGAGCGAUCGUACCAGGGGCGCCGUACGCAGCGGCGCUGGUCAACGCCGGGAACAAUCCGUUGCUUAACGGCAAUCGUAACCGGCCAACCGCCGGCAGUACCUGCACCAGCGCUGGCGCCGGCGCCGGCGGCGUUGGCAGCGGUAGCGACUGGUACUCGGGCACCGGCGGCGCUGCGUCGCUGUCAACGGUCCGAAAAUCCUACCCUGCCGCGGACGCUAGUGGCAGCGGUAGCGGCAGUAGCGAGGCAGGUAACGGCGGUAAUGACAGCGCCGCCGUCGAGAAUGGAGGCGGAAGCGGCGGCGGCAAGGGCGGCAAGCCCAAACUGUCAGGCGCUUCGGAUCACUUGAUGUUGCGGACCAAGUGCCACACCCCUGAUUGGGUGAAUCGGAUGCAAGAGGACUACUACAAGAAGGUCACCGCACCGCGGCCGCCGCAGCAGCCGCCACCGCCGCCAGGGCCUCCUUCAGAGCACCUCUUCCGGAAGCUUCUCUGCCACGACUCAGAGUGGCAGCGAUCCAGACAAAUGGAACAAAUGAUGCGCGAGUGUGCUCCCGAGCCCAAGCCCCAGCCCGUCCCCGGGGCUCCCGUUUCCACCCACAUGGUCAGCUCGGUGGCGAUGAUCCAACGAGGGCCCGGCGGCGGCAGCGGCGGCGGCGACGGCGCCAGCACCGGGCCCCGCAGCGGUGGCGGCGGCGCCCGGCUGUCGCCACCCUCAUCGGCUCAGACGCCUUGGGAGGGCAAGCCGGCGGCGGCGGUGAGCCCUGAGCAGAAUGGGGUAUCAUCAGAGCCUCAACACCCACAUCAGCCAGAGCACCCGGUGAAGCCGGAGGCUUCGAGGCCGCCGGAUGCGGCCGACGUGAGGUCGCCGCGGGGCAGCACCGCCGCGACGGGUGGGGAGGCCGCGGAAGGAGGUGCCGCCGCUGAAGGCGGCGGCGAGCAGCUGCCGGCGCAGCCGGCUCCAGCGCCGCCAGGGCCGCCUAUCCGUACAGCCGGCGCCAGCGGCAACCUGGGUUCCGAGGAAAGCAUGGAGGUCCUCGCGGUUCGGAAUACGGGUCGUAAGAAAGCCGCUAUUGAGGUACUGAGGAUCAAGAAAGGUAGUGGCGCCGCUGGCGCCAGCGGCGACGGCGGCGACGGUGGUGACGGCGACGAAGACGAGAACGGGGACGGGGAUGAUGACGGGGAUGGUGCGCAGGAGGAGGCCAGCCGUGCUUACGGCGUCGGCGACGGGGAUGGAGAUGGGGCAAGUGUCAGCGGGGGCCGCGGCGGCGGAGUCCGGGCUGACGGCGAAGAGGCCGCCGAGGACGAGAGGGCUGAUGGCGGCGCACUGGUACAGCGGUCUUCGGAGGCAGCAGACCAGGAGAAGGAGGGCUGGGCUCGCGAGGAUGAAGAAGCUGGCGAUGUCGCCCCUGGGGCCUCAGACCGCGACGGCGGCGAGCAGGAGUACGACGGCGCCGGCGGAGCCCCCCUUCCGCUUCUACGCCGCGCCGCUUUUACCCAACGGCAAAGGCAGAUGGGGGAGUGCUAG